AUGAACUUGGCCAGAGCCAGUCGUCAGGCUGAAUGUGGGGGCCUGAGCAAAUGCACAGAUGCUGGGGGACGGGUAGUUCUGGGGGGCCCAGUGACAAAUCCUGUAGCCCUAAAGGCUGAGCAGCAGAGUCCACCUGGCUGUGUGGUUCCCAGCUUAUUGUCUAGGACCUGUAAUGGCCCAAUGGGUGCAGGCAACACCAGCAAGUUGAGUGAAUUCUUCAUUGUGGGCCUCACUGACGAUCCUCACCUUCAGCCUAUCUUCUUUGCCCUCUUCCUCCUGAUCUAUGCAAUCACAGUUGUGGGAAACCUGGGCCUCCUUGCCCUCAUUGUGUUCUUCCUCCUGGCUUCCAUGGCCUAUGACCGACAUGUGGCCAUCUGCAGCCCUCUGCUCUACCAUAUCAUCAUGUCCCCAAGGCUCUGUUUGCAGCUCGUGGCUGCCAGCUAUGCAGUGGGCCUGAUGAACAUGGUGCUCCUCACUAGCACAACCUUUUAUCUGACCUGUAAAUCCCUUGUCAUCACGCAUUAUUUCUGUGAUAUUCCUCCCCUUUUAAAACUCUCCUGCUCUGACACACAGAUACUCCAGCUUCUCCUCUUUGCCUGUGGUGGCUUUAAUGUGUCUGUGUCCCUGACAAUCGUCCUGGUCUCCUACGCAUAUGCCUUCUUGGUUAUCAUCAGAAUUCCCUCAGCCAAGGGUAAACACAAAACAUUCUCCACUUGUGCUUCUCACCUGACUUCUGUCAGCCUAUACUAUGGAACCACAGCAUUCAUUUACUUGCGCCCAUCUUCUGAGUACUUGCUAAGCAGGGACAGGCUGGUGUCUGUAUCCUACACAGUGGUCAUUCCCAUGCUUACUUAA